CAAAGCGCCUCAGUGAUUGGUCGGUGGCAUGGAGUGGGCGUGGCUUGUCACCAAGCCUCUGAAAGCCUAUAAAUACGAGCGCUCAGCUUCAGAGAAGCAUCUCACAUUUGACUGCGCGCCUCGAACAGAGAUCUUGUCCAGCACACCGAAGAGAAGAGAACUCGGAUCUUUACAGGACUAUAUCAUCACUGAUAUAAACUACUGUUUGGAGUACACGUGCUAUGAAAAUCCUCGGAGAGACUGGGACCAUUAAAAUGGACAGAAAGCUGUUGAAACCUCAGGUAGAAAGACGAAGAAGAGAAAGGAUGAAUCGGAGUCUGGAGAGCCUGAGGACUCUGCUUCUGCAAGGCCCCGAGCACAAUAGUCCCUCUCAAAGGAGAAUAGAGAAAGCAGAGAUCCUGGAAUACACUGUCCUGUUUUUGCAAAACUCUGUCGCUCAGGCCAAGAAAGCGAAAGAUGUGGAAGGAGCAGAAAAGCACCAGUUCAUGGAUGGCUUUUCGUCGUGUCUUCAGAAAGCGGCCUGUUUCCUGUCAGAUGAAGAUAAGGCCCCGGGACUGGAAGGUGCAGUAAGCGCUUCGCUGUGCCAGCGUCUGACCCGGCCCUGUGUGUCCACCACCGUCCGACUGCCUUUCAGAGUCCAGAACUGGUCCAGAAAGCAGUUUCCACAUUCAAAUGCACAGCAUCAUCUGCGGCAGGACUCUGUCUGCAAACAAGGACUUCCAUCAGCUUGCAGCAAAGUUGUGCCACAUCCUAACAGGACUGCAGUCAGAAGCACAGACUCCAACACACUGCAUUCGACAGCCCCCCCGACCUCUCAACACCAGACCCCGGUCAGCCAGACGGUCUGGAGGCCUUGGCCUUGAGAGAAAUUAAAGACAUUUGCAGAGACUCAAAAUACUGGGCUUGUGUAAUAUUUAGACAUGUUUCAUCUCAUGCAGAAGGACGUUUAUUUAAAAAAGAAAAAAAAAGAAAAAAAAAUGUUGUUUCAUGAUUUUAUCAUCUGGCAACACAUUAGAAAUAUAAAAUGUGUAAAUAGUGUAUGAUAAAUGAUGCAAUAUAUUUUUUACACAGAUUUUCUUUUCCCUUUUCUUUCUUUUUUUUUUUUUUUUGCAUGAUCUGUACUAGGUGUAUGAUCAUUUGUAAUACAUAGCUGAUGUAUGUAUUUAUCUAUUUUGCACAUUAAUUUAUUCACGACAUUCCCUUUUUCAUAGAUGUAUAUUUGGGGGACUGAAACCAAUA